AUGGACUACACGGAGGCCUGGGGCGGAGAACUGGUCGAGGUACUUGCUGAAGGCGGAAGAGGAAGCGGGGAAGAAGAGGGGGGCGUGGCUACGGCCGCCCACUUCCAACGGCGGCUGCUCGACCUGUUGGCGCUGCCGGACGAGCUGCUGGUGCGGGUGCUGGCCUCGCUCUCGAGCCUGGCCGACGCCUCCAACGCCUUCGCCGCCUGCCACCGCCUCUACUCCAUUUACCUCGACGACCACUACUGGAGAGCGGUGGUGAAGGGCAGGUGGGGGGUGCGCGGGCGCGGCUUGCGUCAGUCGGCGGGCAUCGACGUCCCGUGGCGCUGCUUCGUCAAAGAGAAGCUCGCCCUCUUCCGCGAAGGGGCCAUGGAAUGGAAGACCAAGGCCAAGAUCGGAGAAGCGCCCGUGUCGCGCUACACCCACACCGGCACCGUGGUGGGCAGGAAGAUCUACUACAUCGGCGGCCAGACGUCGCCCGACGUGCCUCGCCUCAACGAAAUCUGGGCCUACGACGUUGAUAAGGGCUCGUUCGAGAGGGUGGAGCUGGUGAGCGGAGCGGUGCCCAACUUUGCGCGGCACACGGCGGUGGCGAUCGGCACCAAGAUAUGGGUCUACGGCGGCUACGACGGGAUCGGCUCCUUCUUCGGCCUCGCCCUGUUCGACACCGAGGCGCUGACCUGGACGUACCCCAAGGUCCACGGCGAGGAGCCGCCGCCUCGCUCCAACCACUCGGCCGCCGCCGUCGGCAACAAAAUGUACGUGUUCGGCGGAUCGGCCAACCUGCAGGGCCACUACACGAUCCUGGGCGACUUCCAUGAAUUCGACACGGAGACGAUGACGUGGACCCGCCUGGACACGAGGUUCAAGUGUCCGUCCCCGCGCGUGGGCCAUCGCAUGGUAUCGCUCGGUCAGAGGGUGUUCCUGUUCGGCGGAGGCGUGUGGUCGGUUGAUGACGGUUGGCACACCAAGCUCAACGAACUCUGCAUCUACGACACUCGGGCGCGACAAUGGACCCACCUGCCCAGCGCGCUGCAGACCCCGCCGGUGUGCUCGUACCCGUUCCUCUUCGUGGCGGGCUGCCACCUCUGCGUGUUCGGUGGGCAGAGCCUGAACGACGUAGCCGUCACCAACGAGCUCUACAUGCUCGACACAAAGCGGAGGAGCCCCAGGUCAAGGGGCACUUCCCGGGUCCCGAGGGACAUGGGCGUCGCCAACGUCGUCGGCGACACAUGUCUGCUCUAUGGCGGUGGCGGUUCGCUCUACUCAGCUGUGGACUUCUGGGAGCUCAGGUUCGACAAGGUGGCCUUCGCCAAGCACCCGGAGCCAGCGGUAUCGUCCGCGCACAUGUGA